AUGGCUUCCACAGAAACACCACCGGCGCAAGCCGACCCUCCCGCACCGCCCACCGAGAGUGAGCCUCUGCUCGGAAGACCCGGCGACGCGACACAGAAACCUGAUGCGCCGAUAGCUCGCAACUUUGUUCUCGGCACGGGCUGGAUCGCCCAAGUUGGCGCCCUACUCCUCCUCGCCGUCAUCUGGACGUCCGUCCUCAAACACCAAACCCACGCCCUCGUCACGCCUCAUCCCCUCCUCCAAUCGCUCGGUGUCUUCACCGUCCUACAAGCCAUCCUGAUCCUCCAACCGACCACCACCCCAGCAGCCAAACUCCUCGGCCAGCGCGACCAUUUCUUCCUACACCUCCUCUCCCUCGCCCUCUUCAUCUCCGGCACGACCAUAAUCGAAGUCAACAAGCACCGCAACCACCUCGCCCACUUCCACUCGGCGCACGCCUAUUUCGGCACCGCGACCCUGAUCCUCCUGCUCCUGCAAUACCUCUUCGGCUUCACCAUCUGGGCGGUGCCGCGCGUCUGGGGCGGCGAGGACGCGGCCAAGGCCCUGUGGAAGUACCACCGGUGGACGGGCUACGCGGCGCUGGUGCUGCUGCUGGCGACGGUGGCGGCGGCGGUGGAGACGGAUUAUAAUAAGGCGGUCAUGAAGGUGCCCCUGUGGUGGGUGGUGGCGGCGGAGGUGUUGAUUUUGGUGGGGGUGCUUCCGCGGGUGCAUUUGCGGAAGUUGGGGUUGAGGAGGGGGCCGUAG